CAUCUCGGAGAUGGCGUGCCUGAAUGCGCUCCGUUGUUCUCAUGAAAUGCGUGAAAUAACUCGCUCUUUUCUAAAGGAUGUGUUUCACUUUGAUUGUGAGAUGUUGCCGCGAGACUGAAGUUUAAAAGCAGAUUUCAUGUCUGUUUGCGGAGUUUUGGACGCGUUUGUUUAGUUGUUUGUUGAGUCCGGGGGAAGUAAAUAAUGCGGUGUGGAGAGACCGUUGGUCUCAACUUUGAGCGGAUUUUUCGGUUGAACUGAUAAUGUGACCGAUCGAGACGACUUAAGAACAUUAUUACAAGUUUCAUCAAGGACUCGUUUAAAUCUGGACUCGGGCUGGUUUUAUGAGUUUAUAAAGAAUGGGAAACUGGGAUCUGUCUUAAACGGUAGUAAAGUCCUGAGCGUACGGUAGGCCCUCGGGCAGGAAGGACCAUGGCCCUGAGCGAGGGGUCCGAUGACCUCCGGUCCCUCAGCAAUGGUGGACACUCAACAGGCGCCAGCGACAAAACUUUCCCUGCCACAAAUGCCAACGAAGACACAGAGGAGGACCUGGAAGUGUCUACAUCCAAUGGGGACCCCACUUAUCCCAAUGAACAAAUCCAGCCGGAGCAGUCGGAUCAAAGAGGAAGGCUUAAAACGAAUGGAACGGUGCGUCCAUCUUCAUCAGGCUCCGCUUCUUCCUCAUCCUCAGUGCAUGGCGCAGACUCUCAGCGGCUGGCCGUGCUGUUACCCAACUCUCUACCAACCCAUUGUUGCGCCUGCUGCGCCCCGCGUCAGCCCGUCUGCUGCAACGGUAACCAGCAGGAUUGCGCCCUCUUCCAGAGUGCUGUGCCAGCUGCGCCACUUCACAUGGGCUUGUGCGGAGUUCAAGGCGUCCGAUGUUUCUGCAUGCAGCACCAAUGGCAGGAGCAUCUGCAGAACCCGCCCAACAUGACCACACUGAGCCCUCCGAGGCCCUUUCGGUUUCCCAAAAGUUAUGCAGAGCUCAUUGCUGAUUGGCCGGUGGUGGUGUUGGGGGUGUGUACUGUGCUCAUCGUCAUUUGUGCUCUGGUCGGUAUCCUAGUGCCCGACCUGCCGGACUUCUCAAAUCCUCUGCAGGGUUUUGAACCAAGAGGCACUGCGAUAGGCCAACGACUUUUAACGUGGAAUAACAUGGUGAAAAACACAGGAUACAAAGCUACACUGGCCAACUACCCCUUCAAAUAUGCAGAUGAGCAGGCCAAAAGUCACCAAGAUGACAGGUGGUCAGAGGAUCACUAUGACCGAAAGAAAAGACAAGCCGAGUGGGAUUUCAGCAAAGACAGUUUCUUCUGUGAUGUACCGGGUGACAGUUAUUCCAGGAUUGUAUUUGCCUCUGCGGAGGGGAAGAACUUGUGGAAUAUACAGGCCAUAAAAUCCAUGUGCAAUUUUGACAAUACACGGGUUCGUUCUCAUCCGCAGUAUCUGGAUUUGUGUCAGCGCACCACUGCUGCCUCCUGCUGUCCAAGCUGGACGCUCGGGAACUACAUAGCUGUCCUGACAAAUAAGUCCUCCUGUCAUAAGAUCACAGAGCGUGAUGUUUCCCAUACUCUAAAGAUCCUGCGCUCCUGUGCCAAGUAUUACCACAACGGCACCCUUGGCCCCGAGUGCUGGGACAUUAACACCCGCAAGAAGGACCUGAAGUGUGGCAGCGUGCCUCGGAAGUGUACAAAAUACAACGCUGUUUAUCAGAUCUUUCAUUUUUUGGUGGACAAAGACUUCCUGAAUCCAAAGAACACGGACUACCUUCCACCGAACUUGAAAUACAGCAUGCUGUUCUCUCCAACCGAGAAAGGAGAAACAAUGAUGAACAUUUACUUGGACAACUUUGAGAACUGUAACUCGUCAGAUGGGAUCACAACCAUCACGGGAAUCGAAUUUGGCAUCAAACACAACUUGUUUCAGGACUAUCUACUAACGGAUACCAUGUAUCCCGCAAUAGCUAUCGUCAUCGUGUUAGUGGUCAUGUGUGUCUACACCAGAUCAAUGUUUAUAACCCUUAUGACCAUGUUUGCCAUCAUUAGUUCGCUAAUAGUCUCAUACUUCCUGUACCGUGUGGUUUUCAACUUUGACUUCUUCCCCUUUAUGAAUCUCACCGCGCUCAUCAUACUGGUCGGAAUUGGCGCUGAUGAUGCGUUCGUGCUUUGCGACGUAUGGAACUUCACAAAGUUUGACAAGCCCAACUCUGAGCUCUCCGAGAACGUUAGUGUCACGCUUCAGCAUGCAGCACUUUCGAUGUUUGUGACCAGUUUCACGACGGCUGCUGCCUUCUAUGCCAACUACGUGAGCAACAUCACUGCCAUUCGCUGCUUUGGCGUGUACGCAGGUACUGCUAUCUUGGUUAACUACAUUCUGAUGGUCACCUGGCUGCCAGCUGUGGUGGUCCUGCAUGAGCGAUACCUGGUCAACCUCUUCACCUGCUCACGGUUACAACACCAGCAGACAUCUGGCAACGCAACGUUUUGGACAAACCUGUGCCAGACAGUCAACAAAUGUCUUUUUGCCAUUUCAGAGGCCUCUGGGAUUUUCUUUGAUAAAGUAUUGCCUUGCAUUGUGAUAAAAUUGCGCUACUUGUGGCUCUUGUGGUUCAUGGCCAUGACGGUGGGCGGUGCUUAUGUUGUUUGUGUGAACCCAAAGAUGAAACUUCCAUCUCUUGAGCUAUCCGAAUUUCAAGUAUUCCGCUCCUCGCAUCCAUUCGAACGCUAUGACGCGGAGUACAAAAAACUCUUCAUGUUUGAACGCGUCAACCACGGAGAAGACCUCCACAUGCCAAUCACCAUCAUUUGGGGAGUAAAUCCGGUUGACAAUGGAGAUCCCCUGAACCCUAAAAACAAGGGUAAACUGACUCUUGACACGACCUUCAACAUCGCUAAUCCUGCUAGUCAGAUGUGGAUUCUCAAUUUUUGCCAGAAGCUGAGGAACCAAAGCUUUGUUUUUCAAUCCGAGGAGCAAGACUUUACCAGCUGCUUCAUGGAGACAUUCAAGCAGUGGAUGGAGAACCAAGACUGUGAUGAAGCUUCAGUCUAUCCCUGUUGUAGUCAGUCUACAUUCCCUUACAAACAAGACGUCUUCGAGUUGUGCAUCAAACGGGCCAUAAUGGAGCUCGACAGAAGCACCAUCUACCACCUCGACAGCAAGACACCAGGUCCAAGGUUCGACAUCAACGACACAAUUAGAGCAAUUGUACUUGAGUUUCAAAGUACCUACCAUUUCACGUUGGCGUAUGAGAAGAUGCAUCAGUUUUACAAAGAAGUGGAUGCCUGGAUUGAGGAGGAACUGAAGGAUGCUCCUGAUGGGCUCAGCUAUGGGUGGUUUGUAAGCAACCUAGAUUUCUACGACCUUCAGGACAGCCUGUCGGAUGGCACUCUUAUUGCUAUGGCGCUCUCGGUGGUGGUAGCCUUCAGUGUGAUGCUCCUGACAACCUGGAACAUCAUCAUCAGUCUCUACGCCAUCAUCUCCAUUGCUGGAACCAUAUUUGUCACUGUUGGAUCACUGGUGCUUCUGGGCUGGGAACUGAAUGUGCUUGAGUCGGUGACCAUUUCGGUUGCUGUAGGGCUAUCUGUGGACUUUGCCGUCCAUUACGGCAUAGCGUAUCGCCUAGCUCCAGAACCAGACAGAGAAGGGAAGGUGGUCUUCUCCUUGAGCAGAAUGGGCUCGGCUAUAGCCAUGGCAGCCCUCACCACCUUUGUAGCCGGCGCAAUGAUGAUGCCCUCCACAGUUCUGGCCUACACCCAACUCGGCACCUUCCUGAUGCUGAUCAUGUGCAUUAGUUGGGCCUUUGCAACGUUUUUCUUUCAAUGCAUGUGUCGUUGUCUUGGUCCUCAGGGCACGUGUGGACAGAUUCCUUUGCCAAAGAAACUCCAGUGUUAUGCUUUCACAGAGCACGUACCUGAAACUCAAUCCAAUCAGAACCAAGGCAAGCUUUGCUACACGAGCAAGUACCAGAUGGAUAGCUCAAGAGGAGAGGGUGGACUGGAACAUUACGAACUUGAGCCAUUGGCGCUGAACAUCAGAAAUGACAGUAAAGCCAACAACGAAGACCAGCAAGCAUGUACGCAAUUGCACAAUGGAGUUUCGCAUCACGCAACCUUAUGUGCACCCAAUUCUGAUCCAAGAGAACCGAUCCAUGACCUUGAUAAUGGCUUACCAGGUACAGAACUUCAACAUCUUCAUCCGUACACGUACAGUACAAGUUGCAGCUGUAAAAACGUGAUGCCUCUGUAUGUAAGAGACCAACAAAGAACUCCGUACAAUCACUGCAACCAAUCUGAAGAAACCCAAUGUAAACCGUUAGCAACCAAUCACUUACAUGUGAGACACAACCCUCAGUCCACACGGGACUGGGCGAACAAUGACUGUUACAUGAACUGUAGUCACAUCCAUCAUUGCUCGCAAAGUCCAACAUCAAGGCAGGCCAAUCACAGGUGUUUUCCUGGUGGAUACAACAUGCAUGCUGUGCAACUUUUGCGUCAGACAAUGUUGUCAGAUGCGUCAGUGCCAGAAGAGUCCAAUAUUAGAGCGUGUGGCCUGAAUUCGCCUUUACCGGAAAGCUUACACUUACCAGAUCACAUUCAGUGUUGUGCAACAGCGGACUCUGCCACAGUUUGUACAGUUAAUCAUGACGCAGGGGACCAAGUGUUAAGUUCUCAGAGCCCUCAAAAACUACCCUUGAACCAUGUAAAGACAAAAGUAAAUGGCACUUGUGUUUUGAAACAGGACAGUCGUGAGACUCAAGAACAUGUUCCAGUCGUGCCGGAAGAAAGUGCCAAAUGCAAUCAGAAUAGCAAAGAAAACAAUGAAAGGGUGGAGCCCGUCUCUCCCAAAAUAUUUAGUUGUUUUAAGAAGUCUGUAAAAGUGAAGUGCAAUUCUGUAGAGUAUCACAAGCCAAAAACCAGCGUGCCUACUAUUGCCAUUCAUUCAAAAGCCUCAUCUGAGAGUUUAUGCUAAUAUUAUAAAAGGAAAAAGUGGCAUUUAAUGGGAUAGUCCUCUCAGUUUCAUGUGUUGUUUUGUAUGGCUUUCAUACAGGUGUGAAACAAAAUGACAGAAAUUAGAAAAUGGGUUAUUUAGUGUCAACUCAACCAAAAUGUAGUUUCUUUUUUUAUUUUCUGGUGAAAUGCUUGCAUAUAUAACAAUAAAAGCCAAAAUAUUAAAAUGCCAUUAAUCUAUAUUUACUUCGUAAUCCAUCAUUUUCCCAAAUUGGGGACAAAGUGACAAUUUUGGGCCUAUGAUUUAGUGCAAAAUAUAGAUUAAAAAACAAAACAUUAGAGACUCUCCAACUUUGGAAAAACACCACAAUGUUUAUAUAUUUCUGACACCAUUGGCAUAUAAUGCAACAAGUAGACCUACAUAUUUUUGGGUAAAAAUGGAAAAAUGAUGCUGCUCCUUUCUGAGGUUAUUUUGUUUUUACCUGUAGUUUUGAACCAAAAUCAUAGGUGAAAAUUGUCAUUGACACCCUUCUACAAAUUAAUGGAUUACUCCGUAAAUAUUGAUCCAUGGCAUUUAAUAUUUCAGCUUUGAUCAUCUUUCAGAAAAAUGAUUACAAAAUCUAACAUUACAGGGAAGGGGUUGGUUGAUUUGACCCUGAAUAACCUUUAGUGCACGAUCCCUUGAAUGAGAUAUUACCAUAUUGUUGAGAUUUAUUUCUCUGCAAUCGAGUGGGAGAAAAAAUAAAACUGGUGGAUUCCUGACACGUAUGUACAUGUGAAUAUUAACUCGACAUCAAGCCAUCAAAGCAUUCAUGACUCGUUCACGAAGUCUGGUUAAAAGAGGCAUAAAUUUGCCCUACAUGCGGUAUUGUCAUUAUUUGAGUGUUGUUUUUGUUUUACAUUUUUAUCAUGUCUAGCCACAGGCCAGCAAUUUUAAAUGGAAACAGAAAAACACUUUAUUUUCUUGUACAUUUCAUAUGAACGUGUGUUUGUAUAUAUAAAUAUAUAUAUUUGUGUGUGUGUGUGUCAUGUAUGUAUUUGAGUCAUGCACUUUGUUGAUGCCGAUUGAAACAUUUCGCCUGUAAAGUUUAAAUGAUUUUACAAGUAAACUCCAGU